GGGAUGGCGCCGACAUACACACACAUACAAACACACAUACAAAUACACAUACACACAUACACACACAGGCACAUACAGAUCUCUCUGUCGAUUUACCUAGCCUUAAUCAUAUUCGGAAGCACCGCCAUCACCCGCCCCUGCGAAUGCACCCGCCUGUCGCCAAGCUCUAAGAACCUAUGAAAUCAAAGGCCAGGAAUUCAAAAGGAUCAAAAAAGUCCGCCAAUGGUAGCGCUAAUGGGGCAAAGGAAUCUUCAGUCAAGGACGGUCUAGUCACGCACAUCAUCUCGCCUCUGGAUCAGGGGCAUCCAGGGGCGGUCAACACCUCCAAGGCGGGAUCAGGAACAAAUAUGGAUAAACCCUCAGCUUCGGAGCACAACACGACCCUGGAAAAGUUCGGCCCCCGGGACAUGCAUCAUUCGACAGCACUCAAUGGUAUCGAGUACACCAGGGCCGAUAGGAAAGUGAUGCCAACAACUUCAAUGGAGACGGAAUUCAUUGAGGCCCUGUACUCUGAUUUUGCUGGACAGAGUCCACACAGCCAAGGUGCCGACUCCAAUCACCAUCAGGACACUCUGUAUGAUGAAGACCCCGACCUAGAAGACUUACCGCCCAACUUUUCAGAAUCGGAGGGUAAUGAGAACGAAAAUGUCGACAGCUAUGAGGAUCAGGCCGGUGACAGCGGCUGUGAGAAUUUCGGGGACGAUCUGGAUGUAUAUGAACACGAUGACUUUUUAUCAUCACAGGAGGCCAUCCUCAUGGAGCUGAGACGCGAGCAAGUAGAGUUUGAGGAGAAUGUCCGCCAGCUACAGCAGCAACUGCAGCGUCAAGGAUCGCUUCUCCCUAUAUCAACCAGCCAAGGCACCGAUUACAACAGUAUAGCUCGCGAUGUCAUAUACUCAGACGCCGUAGAGCCCCUAGAUACAUCCAUGAUCAACUGUGACAGUAACAGCACAUUGAAUGCUCUAGACGAUGACCAGGAGCACGACACACUACACUCGACACUCAUGCACGCCUCAGCACAGCUCAGUUGCAAAUUCUGUCCCGAUCCGAAGUCGGUCCUAUGCUUGGAAAAGUACGGCUGGGCAUGGAAGCCAGUCAUUGUCGAGGCUAUGGCGACAGCGGCGGCAGCCAUCGCGAACUUUAGUACUAUGCAGCAUCGACGGGGCGGCCAUGGCGACUAUUCACUUCGGUACAGCGAGUUUCUACCCAAGCCCAAGCGGCAUAUUGCUCGUCCCAGAGGCUCUCUGCAACACGAUCCCAAUCUCGCGACACAGCCGGAUAACACUAGCUAUGGAGAGACACAACUUUUCAACAGUGCAGUAGCUGUUGCUGGGAUGAGUGGUCACAUUCCUGCACCGACGGCACCAAUACGGCACAUGUACCGCGGCUCAACUCCUCCGCCGCCAGCGGUUCUUUACCCGCUCCCACCCAACUCGCCAUACAAGUUCAGUCGAAAAUCAAGCGAGUUUUUGGAGCCUGUGGGAGAGUUUCAUGAGUUUCAAUCAGCGGAGGGCAACUCUCGUCAAGUCCUUUUGCAUGUUUGGCCACCUUCCAGCCUAGAUACGCCACUGUUACAGAAAUUGGAAACAUGCUGCAGGGACUUUCAGGAGCACGACAUUGUUCGUGGACAUAGCGGAGAUGGCUUUUUAAAUGGAUGGCGGCCCUCUUGGAGACAAUCGCAUCAGACAGGAGUGCUGCGUUUUGGCCAUUGGCGAGUCAGGGCUCCUGCUGGUCAGGGAACACGACUCUAUCCGCCGUUUCAGACACCAUUGACACUUGCUGCUGGCGGAGGCACGGUCUUGGGAUCAAACCUCGAUGUGAACCUACCCGCCAAUAACAACUGCAGCUAUCCACGCUCUGUAACUCCGGUCGCUAAUAUGGACGGGACCUCGUCAUCACACUCUCCAAAUACGUCGCAGACGCAUCACCACCAUUACCAUCAUCAUCAUCAUCACCAUCAUCACCAGCAUCAAGGCCACCAAACAUGCACGGUGCACGAUGCACCGGCAUAUCACACUGACUAUCAAGUCCACGAACAAAAGGCGGGACAGGAUGUGGUUCCAGGAAGUGUGCCGAACUUGCACAGUCAUGGAUCAACUUGCAACACAGUGUCUGGCGAGAAACAUGGGGAACAUUACAGCCCAGCGCCGCAGGAUCUUCAUGUGGAGUCGUCUACGCGGGGUCGUUUGCUGCGACUGAUUCGGGCAAUUCAGAUGGUGGAGAAGGUAAUCAUUGCCCGACACCUCAAGUAUCUCUUUCCGACCCUGUACGAAAAGUACCAUGGACUGCAGUUUGGGACUCCUCGACUGUUCGAUGCUGUGGCGACGGUAGCGUUGGCGAUGGAUGUGUCGCCACGGCUGCAUCAUGACAAGACGCAUACGAAGCAUGGGUUCUGCUGGAUAGUUGCAUGUGGAGACUUUAUCGGAGGCGAUCUAUGCAUUCCAGAAUUGGGCAAGCGGGUUGUGAUGCGUCCGGGUACGGUGGUGGCGAUCCGAUCAACAGUUGUGGCAUACUACAUUGAGCGGUAUGCGAAGGACACGAGUAUGUAUACGAUGUAUGCCUACACGAGCGACAACAACUGGCCGCCGGCUGCCUAACAAACAGACCUCCCCAACGAUGUACAUGUACUCCCCCUCUCCGUUAGACCCUGUAUGUAUUAAAAUAGAAGUAUCCGGCAACAUGACGCACUGUCUUGUUUUUGGGUUCUUUCGAGCUCAUUCACAUCAUCAUUUGCAUUAUCAUAUC